AAAAUUUGCACACUGUUUAUUUUUGAGAGCUAAAAAUUUCUUUGGUAGGUAGACACUGCUGAGGAGAGAGAAGGAGACGAGAAUGAGUCGCAAAGCAGCCUCCUUGAAGUCCACUGCUGCUGCUGCUACGAAGAACAAAGAAGACGGCAAGGGAGGAGUAGUACCCAGAGUAACAGAAGCGGAUCUAUUAAGCAAAAAACCACAUAUUAGCCCGGAGGACGUGCUAAAAUUGGACAGAGCCACAGAGAGCUACCUUUGUCCACUGCAGGCGAAUAUUUAUGACAUAGAAUUCACUAGAUUUAAGCUACGGGAUCUUGACUCAAAUCAAGUUUUGUUUGAAGUUUCCAAGCCUCAGUCCAGUCCUGAUGACAAGUCUGAGAAAGAUGACGAAUCAAGAUUUGUCCGAUAUCACUUCCCAAUUCCUUUCCUUGAUCUCAAGACGCUUGGCGCAACUAUAGAGUUCACGGUUGGUGAUCGAGAGGUAAAAGAUUUCAGGAUGAUUGAAAGACACUUCUUUAGGGACAAAUGCUUGAAGAGUUUUGACUUCAAUUUCGGCUUCUGUAUGCCCACCAGCCGCAACACUUGUGAGCACAUUUAUGAAAUGCCAGUCCUACUCCAGUCAGAAAAGGAAGAACUAAUCUCUCAUCCUUAUGAAACGAAAUCUGACAGCUUCUACUUUGUCAAUGGUAAACUCGUCAUGCAUCACAGAGCUGAUUAUGCUUAUGUAUCGGCCAACGACUAAAGGAGGAGGGAAGUCAUCUUUAAAAAAUACACUGCCUGUCAUUAACAAUGUCAUUUUGUUUCCAUUUAAGACUCUCACUCUAUGUACUAAUGUGUAUAGAAAUAAUAACAAUAAUAAUUGUGUAUUAUAUUAUAAUAAUUGUGCAUGCUUCAAAAUAGUGUAUAAUGC